GAUGCAGUACACUCCGCGCCUGAUGGCCAUGAAGUCCGUGUGGGAGGACGUCAGCACCAAGUACAAGAAGGUGGCGAUGCAGCGCCCCGCCAUCAUGGACAUCGACGUGCUGUAUGCCGAGUUGCCCAUCGACAGGCAAGUGCGAAAGUCGACGGUUGUCAUCAAUGACAACAAGUACAAGGGCGCCCAGGGCUCCUAUCCAAGUCUCGGGAAGUGCUCGGAUUCGGACUCCUUUGCAGACCAGGUUCAGAAGCAGGCGGGCUAUUUCUGCGGCAGGUCAAAGCAUGAGAAGUGCGCGACGGAGGAGGAGUGCGAGCGCCUCGGCGGCCGGUUCAAGAAGAAGUAUUGCAUGGAGGCGAAGAAGGGCUCUGGUGCGAGCUGCGGCUGCUGCAAGGAGAUUGGGCGCCACGACUCCAUGCGCUCUGGCGGCUCCAUGAACGUGCAGAUCAACGUCCAGUGGUUUGCCCCUGUGGUGAAAAGGUUUUUGUGCGCGCCCGUAGAGGCAAAGUGGGCCAAGACUGGCGCCUCCACGGUCUACAUUGGCAUGGGGUGGGGCACCGAGGGCGACGUCGAAGGGCUGGAUAUCGACCUUUCGCUCGUGCCGCUGAACAAGAGGAAGGAGUACAUCAAGGAUAAGGUCAUCUACUUCAACAACAAGCAGCCGAAUAGCUUGAGGUGCAGUCAUGGCAGCUACGGCUAUGCGAUGCAGGCCUUUGCCGACGACCGGUCUGGUGAUUCUCCGGGCGACGACGAGCUGGUCAAGGUGAACCUGGACUGCCUGACGAAGCAGUUCACAGACAUCGAGACGAUCGUGGUCGUGGCGAGCAUUUACAGGCCGCAGAAGCUUACCUGGAACAUGCUGGACUCGGUGUACAUGCGCCUCAUCUCGGGCGGCCACGAGGAGCAGCGCGGCCAGUCCUUCCUCGUCCGCGACGCGGACUCCCUCCGCAGCUUCGUGCGCCUCUCCGGCGACUCCCAGAAGGCGAAUCCCAACAUGGAGCACAACACCCUUGCAGUCGGGAUGCUCUUUAAAGAGACGAGCGGCGAGUGGGCCUUCGCAGGGCUCAUGGAGGGAAUGAAGGGGACCACCGCCCUCCACGCGCAGAAGCCCCUCGAGAAGUUCAUGAAGACGCUCAACUACCCGAUCAGGGACGAUUGGGAUGCCGACAUCGACGACGAGUCGGACGUGGCGAAGACGGAGCCGUGCGUCAGUCAGGACAGCUCUCCAUCGAUCGAUAACGAUGUUCCAACCAUCGGCUAGCUCUCCAGAUGUCCACGAACGAGGUGCGGAGCCGCUCGUAGCAGUUCUGAAAGUCGCGCUCGAUGAUGGGAGCAGGACUGACUAUAAGCGAGCCUGCUCG